AUGCCGCCGAAGUUGGACCCGAGCCAGAUCGUGGACGUGUACGUCCGCGUAACCGGAGGAGAAGUCGGAGCAGCGAGUUCUCUAGCCCCCAAGAUCGGUCCGCUCGGUCUCGCCCCGAAAAAGAUCGGAGAAGACAUCGCGAAAGAAACCGCCAAGGAGUGGAAAGGCCUACGCGUCACCGUCAAGCUCACGGUGCAGAAUCGUCAGGCUAAGGUCACGGUGGUUCCGUCGGCGGCGGCGCUGGUGAUCAAGGCGUUGAAAGAGCCGGAGAGAGACAGGAAGAAGGUGAAGAACAUCAAGCACAACGGGAACAUUUCGUUCGAUGACGUGAUCGAGAUCGCGAGGAUCAUGAGGCCGAGAUCUAUCGCCAAGGAGCUGAGUGGGACCGUGAGGGAGAUUCUCGGGACGUGCGUGUCUGUUGGGUGUACUGUUGAUGGGAAAGACCCCAAGGAUAUUCAGCAGGAGAUUCAAGAAGGUGAGGUUGAGAUUCCUGAGAAUUGAGGAUUAAACGGAGAAGUGUUUGUGUUCGGUUCUGUGUUUUAUUUAGAUUCUAUGUUUCGGUUAAGAACAAGUUAGUUUUGGUUUUGUUGUUUUGUCGUAAAACACUGCGAAGAUGGAAGAUCAAAUAAGCUAAGCAAAGUGACUUUUUCUAAGUAAA